AGUUGAGUUCGAAAUUUCAUUGAUUAUCGCCAAUGAAUGAUUGAGGUGGAUCAUAGUCUUUCAAUUGGAAUUAACUCAUACCUGAUGCAUGCCAUUAUGUAGUUUUUUUUGCAGGGGAGCCUCAUGGAUUCUCAGGAACUCACUACUAGAGUCCGAUUAGUCAGAUGUCCUAGAUGUCGGCUGCUUCUACCAGAGUUGCCAGAUUUUAAGGUUUACAAGUGUGGUGGAUGUGGUGCCGUUCUCCGAGCAAGAAAUCGAGUAAGAAACGAGAGAAGAAGUGAGGGCUUAACCAUCCAAUCAGCUCCAGUGAAUCAAUUAUUAGAUCAUGUUUCUCGAGAUUCAGAAUCAGUCAGCUCAGUUGCCUCAAUGGGAGAAGUGAGAACAAGAAAUCAAGUAAGAAAUGAGAGAAGUGAGGGCUUAAUUAUCGAAACAGCUCCUGUGAAUGAAUUAUUAGAUCAUGUUUCUCGAGAGAAGUAAGAAAUGAGAGAAGUGAGAGCUUUCGCUCUAAUAAAAUAGCGGCUCUAGGGAAUCAAUUAGGUAUUCUUUCUGUAGACAUAGAAUCUGGCACCUCGACCAGUACGUAGUGCAACACUUCAUUAUUAUUAUUUUGAUGGAUGUUUUUCUGAAAGGAUGUUCUAUACAAGGGUCAUGUAAUGUGUAUACCUAGCUAACCCUCAAAGUUGAGCAAUAGUUCAGCAUUUUUCUUUUCUUGUUAUAUGUUGGUUCAAAUCAUAGUUGGUUACUCUUCCUUUGACAGAUUAAGACACAUGGAGUUUGUUAUGUUAUCCGAUUUAAGUAACUUUUCAGCUAGCGCCAAGUUAACAAUAUAAAGUCGUUUUCAUUCCAACUCUCAAUGUUAGCCAAACAGAAAUAGAUGAGAAAGAAAAUCUUUAGAGUACCAUAUUAACUACCUAAUGACUAGACAAGACAUGCCUGUUAUGCAUAUUUCAGUUACAAGGUCAUGUAUAUUGUAGAAGGCUUUUUUGGUUUACAUAUUGUAGAAGAAGUUUUGAGAUGGUCCUUUCACCUACAAUUCAGUGUCCAGCAUGUCGAUUUCACAUCACACCAGUUCAAAUGGGGCCAACGAUGACUAUCGUGACAUGUUGAAGCAGAAGAUAAAGCUAGUGUUCUAAACUCAUAGCUGCAGUUAACCAACAUCCUUGUUAGCAUAUUUCUUGAUAGUUGUCUUUAAUUUGUGAUUCGACUACUAAUUUCUUUUGAAGGCUAAUUUUGAAGACUGGAUCUUUUUAAUCGUGAGCAUCAUCCUAGAGCUUCUGUCAGCUGCUUUUGAUCAGGCUUCCUCCCCAAGUAAAUCAAACUAUGCACUAAUUGGUAUGUUGUUUGCUAUUGUUGCUGUAAUCACUUGCAUCUGCGAGCUCAUUCACAAGGUUAAGAGGGAAGGAGCUAAAUUGGGGAGGUGGGGAAUGCUGUGGUGGUUUUAUCAUCCACCUCCCAGUAGCACCAUUUUUGGUACUUUCCCCGACAUUUUAGCAUUGGUUGGUGCCAUCCCUCAGUGCAUUUUCGCGACAGUUCAGUAUGUUUACCACAGUAGGCAUGCUGAUAAUCCUAUCAAUCUAUGCUUGUGGCCUAUUGUCUUUCUCUUUUGUUUGGUUGGCUUGAGACUAAUUAAGUAUCAAAACAGAAAUAUCGCUCACGGCUUAAUGCUUACACAAAUAUCGAUCAGUUGUGACUGAACAGAGAGGAUAGUUCUUUGAGAAAACCUGGUGUGCAUCUGUUGUGAAUUAUAAUGUUCAGUUCGCUUUGACAGCCUGAAGAUGGCGAAUUGUCUUAGCAGGAUACAAUGUGAUUGAGUUGGACUUUACUGCUGAGAGUAGCCUUAUGAUUAUACUUAAAACUGCCCAUUUUAUGUAAGAAUAUUUAUUGCCUCGGUCCUUUGUGGAUUGAUCUACGUGUAACUUAAACUUAUUUACGUACUUACAUACCAUCAGUUCAACAUAGCGUGCUAUAUUGCAGUUCAUUGCAUGCU